AGGCAGCAGCAGCAGCAGCAGCAGCUCAGGUUGCCUCUCUCUGCCUGCCUUGCCUUGCCUUGCCUUGCCUUGCCUUGCCUGCCUUUGGAAAGCCAAGGCUCUUCUCCCCAAAGGCUAGGACCCUCUCUUCCCUCCUCUUCCUCUGGACUAAGCCCUGAACUUUGGAAGCGGAAAGGGGUCUCAGGUUUGGGAAGCUGGUGCUGACUUUGACGCCUUUGCCGCUACCUCCAACGUCACCAAGAGGAUCUACUCUGCUUGACAACUCAUGGCGGGGAUAUUUUGACCACUUGGCUAUCGCUGGGCAUUCUUUCCAUCUGCUUCACCCAUAGGUCCACCUGCUUUUGAGAAGCCCACUCUGGAGAUACAUCCCUGGGGUCAGUGUGCAUCCACAUGAAGAGCCUCCAAAUAUCAACUUGGGCAUUUUAAGCAGAGCUAUUACUAGGCGCAAAAUCUGGAAAUUCUGGAAAAAGCAGAAAGAGGGGUGGAGACGUUCAGAUAAGCUCCUGAGCAUCAAGUCAAAUGAAGGUCUCGUUUUCAACCAUGCUUAGUCUAAAACAAACAAAUUCCGGGGAAUUGCAAUGCAGUGGCAACACAUGCAACUGGAAUUAGAAGCAAAGAAGCAAAAGAGAGGAUACAAGGGGCAAGAACUAUUGUAAGUUUUUUUUUUCUGGAGCCAUCUUGGGGUGGUAUAUGGUGGCACCCUUGGGAUUUAUUUGCCUACACAAAAGAGCAAAGGAAAGGAUACUUGAAGACGCCCGAGGCGCAGCAUGUAAAAGAGCUCCUUUCGAUUGGUCUUGAGAAAGGUCAAUGGGAAAAAGAGGAAGAACAGGAGGAGGAGGAGGAAGGCGACGCUGAGAAGCACCGCCCGAGAACCGUGGGCUCCGACUUCCACCAGCCGUUUGUUUGAAUCCAAGAGACAGGGCUAAAGGUUUUCUAACCCCAGGAGAGGCUACCACCCCGUGUGCCAUGGCGAGCGCCUCGCCCACCGCGGCAGUGGUGACGGCCACCGUUGUGACCACAGCGGCCACCAUGGACUUGCGUGACUGGCUCUUCCUCUGCUACGGCUUAGUGGCUUUUCUGAGCGAGGUGAUUGACAGCACCACCUGCCCGUCAGUCUGUCGCUGUGACAACGGCUUCAUUUAUUGCAACGACCGGGGCCUGACCUCCAUCCCGGCGGACAUCCCGGAUGACGCCACCACCCUCUACCUGCAGAACAAUCAGAUCAAUAACGCCGGCAUCCCCUCCACCUUGAAGAAAAAGAUCAAUGUUCAGGUCAUCUACCUCUACGAAAAUGACCUGGAUGAAUUCCCCAUCAACUUGCCCCGUUCCUUGAGGGAGCUUCAUCUCCAGGACAACAAUGUCCGCACCAUCGCCCGGGACUCCUUGGCGCGCAUCCCGCUGCUGGAGAAGCUGCACCUGGACGACAACUCCGUCUCCACCGUCAGCAUCGAAGAUGACGCCUUUGCGGACAGCACGCGCCUCAAGCUGCUUUUCCUGUCCCGCAACCACCUCAGCAGCAUCCCUUCCGGCUUGCCUCGUACCUUGGAGGAGCUCCGGCUGGACGACAACCGCAUCUCGACCAUCCCUCUCCAUGCCUUCAAGGGGCUCAACAGCCUGCGGCGCCUUGUGCUCGACGGCAACCUUUUGGCCAACCAGCGCAUCGCGGACGACACCUUCAGCCGGCUGCAGAACCUCAGCGAGCUCUCGUUGGUGCGGAACUCUUUGGCCGCCCCUCCUCUCAAUCUCCCCAGCGCCCACCUGCAGAGGCUUUACCUCCAAGACAACGCCAUCAGCCACAUCCCCUACAACACCCUUUCGAAGAUGCGGGAGUUGGAGAAGCUCGACCUGUCCAACAACAACCUGACCACCCUGCCGAAAGGUCUCUUUGACGACCUGGACGGGCUCUCGCAGCUCCUGCUGAGGAACAACCCCUGGUACUGCGGGUGCAAUCUCAUGUGGUUGAGGGACUGGGUCAAGGCCCGAGCUGCGGUGGUGAACGUGCGGGGGUUGAUGUGCCAAGGGCCCGAUAAGGUCCGAGGCAUGGCCAUUAAGGACAUCACCAACGAGAUGGACGAGUGCUUUGAGGCAGGCCCGCAGAGCAAUCCAGGGGUGGUUGUGGCAGCCAAGACAACGGCGAGCAAUGCGGCCGUCACAACCCCACAGGGAUCCCUCUUCACCCUCAAGUCCAAGAGGCCUGGCAUCCAACUGCCCGAUUCAAACAUUGACUAUCCAAUGGCCACCGGAGCUGGAGCCAAAGCGUUGGUCCUCAACGUCAAACCGUUGACGGCCGACAGCAUCCGUAUCAGCUGGAAAGCCAUGCUGCCGGCGUCCUCAUUCCGCCUCAGUUGGUUGCGCUUGGGCCACAGCCCGGCUGUGGGUUCCAUCACGGAGACGCUAGUGCAAGGAGAUAAGACGGAGUAUCUACUGACGGCCUUGGAACCCAAGUCAACCUACAUCAUCUGCAUGGUCACGAUGGAAACGGGUAGUACAUACGGGCCCGACGAAACCCCCGUCUGUGCCAAAGCCGAGACAGCGGACAUGUACAGCCCCACGACCACCCUCAACCACGAACAAAACAUGGAUCCGUUGGCUGGGCUGCCAUUAGCAGGGAUCAUUGGUGGGGCAGUUGCCUUGGUCUUCCUCUUCCUAGUCUUGGCUGCCAUUUGCUGGUACGUCCACCGGACAGGAGACCUGCUGACCCGCGAACGAGGCAGUCGGAAGAAAGACGACUACGUGGAAUCGGGCACCAAGAAGGAUAAUUCCAUCCUGGAGAUACGAGGGCCCGGUUUGCAGAUGCUGCCGAUCAAUCCGCACCGGGCAAAGGAAGAGUACGUCAUCCAUACCAUAUUCCCUUCCAAUGGAACCAGUCUUUACAAAAGCACCCACACCAUCGGCUACGGCACAACGCGUGGGUACAGAGACGGGGGAAUUCCAGACAUAGACUAUUCAUAUUCAUGAUGCAAAAUCCCCCUUUCCUCCCACAUAUAACGGCCAACCGCCACCCUUUCCCUGUUUUUACCCCCUCCCUGUCACACACCCCGGGAUUUUUUUGCCGAGAUGGAAAAAACAAAAAACGCAGAACGAAAAAACUUAUUUUCCGAGCAGAACCAGGUGGAACAAAUGGGAAGGGAGGGGAAGGGAAGGGAUUUUACAAAAAAAAAAAAACUUAUUUUGUAGGAAAACCUCAAAAAAACAGUUUUCAAAAAAGUAGACACGGAGGAAAAAUACAUAAUUUAUAUUUAAUAUCCAGAUUGAAGCAAAACUCAGCUCAGACCUUGGGUUACGAGUGUUUCCCUGCCCCUAAGGGGUGUGGGGUGGUGGCGAUAAAGGGGGAAGACCUGGAAAAAGGGUUUAGAAAGGAAAUGAAAAACAAAAAAAAUGCUACCUGUUUAUCUCUCUUCCUGUAUAAAUCUUCUAUUUUGUUCAGGAGUUAGAUUAUAUAAAAAAAAUCUUUUUAAAAAUA